AUGAGGAUUAUCUUAAAAACUCUUUGCUCUGUACUUUUUCUUCUUUUUGUAGUUGGUAUAAACGUGAAAGGCCGCUCUCUACCACACAGCCCAGUUGAAUUCUUGGUUUCAGAUGGCGUCAAUAAUGUCCAAGAAAACCAAUCUUCCAUUCUGCUUCUCAAAGGAAUGGAAUCUUCUUCUGAAGAGAAGUGUGAACAAUUGUAUGGCUUCUUACCGUGCUCCAAUAAUAUUUUUGGGCAUCUCUUUCUGAUUGCAGUGUAUGAGUAUAUGCUGUUUCAUGGAGAGGCCUAUGUGGCCUCUGGAGGAGAAAAGAUUUUCAAGAUUCUUGGACCUGGUGUCUUUGGUGCCAGUGCAUUUCAGAUUCUUGGAGCCCUUCCCGAGUCCUUGAUACUUCUAGACGAAUAG